AUAUAUACAGGUCAGAAAAAUCGUAGGAGCAGAGCUGCAAAAGAAAAGAUAAGAUGGGGGUGAUCAAGGCAGCUGCAGGAGAUGCAAUUUUGACCUCCAUGUGGGUGUUCUGUGCACCCAGCAUGGGAGUUUUCACAUCCAUCAUAGCCUCGUUUCUUGGCAUCCAAGCUAGGUCUUUGCCAGGUCUUUUCAUCACCACAAUAAUUUCCACAGUUCUGAUUUUAACAAUCAGCUUGAUAGGCAAGCUCUUGGGUGGUGCCAGCUUCAACCCCUCCACCACCGCCAGUUUCUACGCUGCCGGCCUCAACCCGGGAACUUCUCUCCUCUCCAUGGCAGUUCGGUUCCCGGCUCAAGCGGCCGGCAGCGUGGGUGGCGCCAAGGCAAUUUUACAAGUGAUGCCAAAUAAGUACAAGCACAUGCUUAGAGGGCCUUCUUUGAAAGUGGAUUUGUAUACUGGUAUUAUAGCUGAGGGGGUGAUGACUUGUGUUCUUUGCUUUGCUUUGCUUGUGAUUAUGCUGAGAGGGCCUAGAAAUCCAAUUGUGAAGAUAUGGAUGCUUUCAAUCGCGACGAUUGGAUUGGUGGUUGCCGGAAAUGGGUACACAGGACCUUCCAUGAACCCUGCCAAUGCUUUUGGGUGGGCGUAUGUAAAUAAUUGGCACAACAGUUGGGAGCUUUUCUUGGUUUAUUGGAUUGGCCCCUUUGUUGGAGCAACUGUAGCUGCUUUCGUUUUUAGGGUUUUGUUCCCCCCACCAGUACCAAAGGAAAAGAAAGCUUGAAAAAGAAAAGAACAUUAGGUUAAUGCAUAUAUUAGAUUCAAUAGUUAUGGUGUUUGUGAUUCUCUUCUCUUUCUCUUACGAAUGAAAUGAUUUACAAUUGUGAAUUUUAGGAUUCAUUUUGUAGAUUUAAUGAUUAUGAAGCCCUUCGGUGUUGAUACUGA